GAGAGAGAGAGAGAGGGAGAGAGCGAGCAAGAGAGAGAGAGAGAGAGAGAGAGGCAGUGACAUCGGAAGGAGCGUAGGCGGCUGCGAGGAGGGAGACACGGGAGCCAGAGGAGCAGCGGCAGCGGCGGCGGCACGGGGGGCAACCAAGGGGUGGUCCGAGAAGCGGUUCGCAGCGUGGGGGGCCCUGUGCAGCCAAGCCAAGCCAGUUCAGGGGGGGUAGCUGCCUCCGACCCUCCUCCUCUCCCCGCAGCCUCUUCUCGCUCUCGCUCGCUCUCUCUCUCACCCGCGGGACCUCCGCAGCGGGACGGUUGCAUUGUGGUGGCGGGGCCAAGCCAGGGGCUCGGGUCGGGGUGCCGCUGCCUGGCCGGUGAUCAUUCCAGGUAAUAAAGAUGGGUUACAGCAGUUGGUUGAACAACUUCAUCCAGACAGUAGUAAUGAAUGGAACAACAUCAGACUGCAAAGAGCAGAUGUGUCAGUUUCAUUCCUGCUGAGGCAGUCAGAACAGAUGAGUUUGUGGAUGCACUUAGAUGUUUGCAAUGAGCACUGUGGCUGGCAUGCCCCAGUGUUUUGGAUACCAAUGCAUAGAAAUCCAUAGUAAACGAAUUUAUCAGAAACGAACGUCAUGAGCAUAGUGGUCCCAUUGGGGGUUGACACAGCAGAACCAUCUUAUUUGGAAAUGGCUGCAGGCUCAGAACCUGAAUCUGUAGAAGCUAGCCCUGUGGUAGUUGAGAAGUCAAACAGUUAUCCACACCAACUAUAUAAUAACAGCUCUCAUCAUUCACACAGUUACAUUGGUUUGCCUUAUGCGGACCAUAAUUAUGGCGCUCGUCCUCCUCCAACACCCCCAGCAUCGCCGCCUCCUUCAGUUCUUAUAAGCAAGAAUGAAGUAGGCAUAUACACUGCUCCAAAUUUUGAUGAAACAUCCAGUGCUACUACUAUCAGCACAUCUGAGGAUGGAAGCUACGGCACUGAUAUAACUCGGUGCAUUUGUGGAUUCACCCAUGACGAUGGCUAUAUGAUCUGUUGUGACAAAUGCAGUGUUUGGCAGCACAUUGAUUGCAUGGGGAUUGAUAGGCAGCAUAUUCCUGACACAUACCUUUGUGAGCGUUGCCAGCCUAGGAGCUUAGAUAAGGAAAGAGCAGUGUUGCUCCAGCGUAGAAAAAGAGAAAAUAUGUCAGAUGGGGAUACCAGUGCAACAGAAAGUGGUGAUGAAGUUCCUGUAGAAUUAUAUACUGCUUUUCAACAUACACCAACUACAAUUACGCUAACUGCUACACGAGUUACAAAGGUCACAGAUAAGAAAAGGAAAAAAAGUGGAGAGAAAGAGCAAACCAUCACAAAAUGUAAAAAAGCUUUCCGUGAAGGUUCUAGAAAAUCUUCAAGAGUUAAGGGCUCGGCUCCAGAGAUUGAUCCUUCUGAUAUUUCAAACUUUGGGUGGGAAACUAAAAUCAAGGCUUGGAUGGAUCGGUACGAAGAAGCAAACAACAAUCAAUACAGUGAAGGUGUUCAGAGAGAGGCCCAGCGAAUAGUUUUGAGAUUAGGAAAUGGAGAUGAAAAAGAGAUGGUCACCAGCAACUCAAUCUUCAAACCUCCAGUAGAGAGCUAUAUUCAAAAAAAUAAGAAAAUUUUAAAAGCUGCCAAAGACUUGCCUCCAGAUGCACUUAUUAUUGAAUAUCGUGGAAAAUUCAUGCUGAGGGAACAAUUUGAAGCUAAUGGAUAUUUCUUUAAGAGGCCAUACCCCUUUGUUCUGUUCUAUUCUAAAUUUCACGGGCUAGAAAUGUGUGUGGAUGCACGAACCUUUGGGAAUGAAGCUCGAUUUAUCAGACGUUCUUGUACACCUAAUGCCGAGGUUAGACAUGCCAUCGAAGAUGGAACUAUUCACCUCUAUAUCUACUCCACCCAGGACAUUCCAAAGGGAACAGAAAUAACGAUAGCCUUCGAUUUUGAUUAUGGAAAUUGCAAAUACAAAGUGGACUGUGCUUGCCUCAAAGAAAACCCGGAAUGCCCAGUGUUGAAGCGUCCCUCUGAGCCCACCGAAAAUAUAAACACAGGAUAUGAAACCAGAAGGAAAAAGGGGAAAAAGGAGAAGGAAACUCAAAACCAGAACAUCACGUUGGAUUGUGAAGUAGCAGCAGGCAAAACCAAGUUUCCAGAAAACCGACAGAGAAAACUUUCUCCCCUCCGAUUGUCGAUCUCAAAUAAUCAGUGCAAUCCUAUUCCUGUCUACUCAGAAGCAAGUCCUAAUGAUUUCAGUGGGACUUACUCCCAGGAGCCAGAUUUUAUUGAUGAUAUAGAAGAAAAAACUCCUAUUAGCAAUGAAGUAGAAAUGGAAUCAGAGGAGCAGAUUGCAGAAAGGAAAAGGAAGAUGACCAGAGAAGAACGGAAGAUGGAAGCCAUCCUUCAAGCUUUCGCCAGGUUAGAAAAAAGAGAAAAAAGAAGAGAACAAGCUUUGGAAAGAAUCAGUACAGCUAAAACAGAAAUAAAAUCAGAAUGCAGGGAUACCCAGAUCAUCAACGAGACGGAGUUUGUUCAGGAACCAGCAAAAGAGGAAACUGCCACCAAGCCAACACCUGCCAAAGUCAACAGGACAAAACAGAGAAAAAGCUUUUCCCGGAAUAGAACGCAUAUCGGGCAGCAGCGACGAAGGCACAGAACCGUUAGCAUGUGUUCGGAUAUCCAGCCAUCCUCUCCUGACGUGGAAGUGAUUUCACAGCACAACGAACCUGAAGCCACCGUGCUUUCCACCGAGCCUGAAGCAGAGACCCCCGUGGCUGAAAUAGUUCCUGAACCUGAAGCCCCAGCACUUAAUAAAUGCCCCACUAAAUACCCCAAAACAAAAAAGCACUUGGUGAGCGAGUGGUUAAGUGAGAAGAACGAGAAGCCGGGAAAGCCAGUGGAAAACAUCUCCGAAAAGCCUCUGCGCAUAACCACCGACCCAGAGGUCUUGGCGACCCAGCUGAAUUCUUUACCAGGCCUCACUUUCAGCCCGCAUGUAUAUACGACUCCGAAGCACUAUAUCCGUUUUACAUCCCCCUUCCUUUCUGAAAAACGGCGGAGAAAAGAACCGAUGGAAAGCAUUCUGGGUUCCUGUAAGAAGCGUUGGUUAAAGCAAGCGAUGGAAGAAGAAAACUCGGUUGUUGGGUUUUUCAUCUCCUCGCCCCACGAAAGAUCCAGAAGUCCUGCAGUCAACGGUGAAAGUAGAAGCCCCUUGUUACUGACCGACAGCUGUUGCUUGACAGAUCUGACAACGCCACUCAAAAAGCGAAGACAGUACCAGCUGCAGGACUCCACCUACUCAGAAACAUCGACGCCCACUCCUUCUCCAUAUGCCACGCCCACCCACCCUGAUCUCUCUGCCUCGGACCCCUUGUUGCUGGCCACGCCUCCCAGAAUAAAAACGGAAGAUGACACCUGUAGGAAUGGUUACAAACCUAUUUAUUCAUCUGUUACUUCAGUGAUUCCAUGUGUCCAUGGAAACCCAGUGCACUUUGAGAAUAUUUCUUCACCUGACAGUUCUCCAGAAGUGAAGAGGCGAACAUUUAACCAAGAGGGUUACGAACGUUCCUGCUCCUCCAUGCUAGCGCUCAAUCCGUUCAGAAAUGCCAGCCUUACGGAGAUAUGCCUGCAAGAGAUCAAAACGAUUGGCUACUCCAGUCCCAGGAGCAGGUCCGAUGGCCCCCGGCAGUGCUCGGGAGAAAAAGAGAGCCCCUCUUCCGAGCUCCAGCUGGGACUUGAAGUCAUCGAGCAAAGUGCACUGCAUAAAACGCUGGACGCUCCCUGCCACAACCGGACUGAUGCAAACAGCCAACUGGAAACGGCUCACUGCGGGCGGGGACCAGUGUAUCCAACCUGGAUCAACAGUCCCGACAGGACAGGUGUCAAUUUCUCCAUGAAUUCUAAUUUGAGAGACUUAACUCCUUCGCACCAGUUAGAAGUCGGUGGCGGGUUCCGAAUCAACGAGUCAAAGUGCCUGAUUCCAGACGAUGCUCGGGGCAUGUUUGUGGAAACGCCCGUGUUUUGUACUUCUGAAGAGGGACUCGCCGCUAGUUUUGGAAGGACGGCCAACAGUGACAACAUGAUGGAUGGCAAUUGCACACCCCAGAAUCCUCCCCAAAAGAAAAAGGUGUCGCUUCUGGAAUACCGCAAGAGGCAGCGAGAAGCCCGAAAAAGCGGCUCUAAAGCAGAAAACUUUUCUCUCUUGAGCAUGUCGCCUCACGCAGCCGGGGGAGGAAACGGCAGCGCUGCUACCGAUGGCUACAACAGCGGUGAAAAUGGGGAGCAGCCGGAGCGGGAGCCCACUUCCAGCCUCCCCGUCUCUUUGCCAGCCACGGAGCACAGUGCCAUGUCAGAAGUGGCCGAAAACUCUGCUUCCGUAAAGGAGGCGUCAGGGGAAAAGAGCGAUCCGGAGGGCCAGUGGACCUCUUCGACAUCAGUGGAGCAAGUGAGAGAGCGAAGUUAUCAGCGAGCGUUGCUUCUUAGUGAUCAUCGGAAAGACAAGGAUUCUGAAACUGAUCCUGAAAAUCCAGAGCCAACAAGUGAAUGCCCAUCCCCAGAUACUCCUCUGAAGACGUGCAAGAGUCCUCUAAAACCAAGCAAGACUUCUUCUUCACCAAAUCCUGUCGUUCCUGUUCAGUCACUUGGAAAAACGCCCACGAAGCAGGAUUCCCAGUGGGAGAGUGCAGGAGACACUCCUGGGGCUGACAACACAACUCACCCCAAACCAGACCAGCAACAGAAACCGCUGUCCAACAACGCCGAAGCACUUUCGAAACCACCUCCCCCAUCCCAGCCCAUCCUGCGCAGCAGCACGGCUGACCCGCUCUCCCAGAAGCCGCCUCCGGCACCGCCGAAACCCCCUUGCCCCACUUCACCCCACGUAGAAAACCCUCCCAAGCCCUCCACCCCCCUCACUCCGGCUCAGCAUGGCUACCUGUCGCCAAAGCCUCCUUCCCAAACAUUAGGAUCACCAUACCGACCUCACCACCCGCCGUCUCCUCAGGUGGGGACGCCUCAGAGAGACUCUCACCGGGGGUUUUACGCCGCCACCCAAACUCUCCAGCCUAGCGCCCAGCAGCCGAACACCGGGACAUUAUUUCCCCCAACCUCUUCGGUCUCUUACAGUCAGUUUCAUCAACAGACUCUCAACGCUGCCGCCCCGCCUCCCCCUCCCCCUCCGCCACCUUCCUCCACUUAUUAUCAAAACCAGCAACCCCCCUCAGGAAACUUUCAAAAUUACAAUCCGAUCAAAAGCAUCCCGUCCCAACCAAACGUCUUUCCCUCCGGACCAAACCAAGCCCUCGCCGGAACCGCCUGUCAGCAGCCCGUUUCGGGCCACCUUGUCAACAGUGGGCACUUCCUGCCAUCUCCCACGGCCAGUAUUCAUCAUCAGAGCUCCGUGGUGGGGGCACCCCCGCCUCCACCCCCUCCCGCCGCUCCCGGACCACACCUCGUGCAGCAGCAAAACCCGCAGCACGCCGUAGCCCACGGGGUGAGUCCCGUGCAUGCCGUGGCUACCGGUUCCCACAUCCAUUCUCAAGCUGCCAGUCAACACCUGCCUCCUCCACCGCCGCCUCCUCCAGCCCCCCUCCCUCAUCACCUCCCUGCUCAUCCCACCACAGCCCAUCAAGGUUUGCAAGCACAACACCAGCACGUAGUCAACUCGGCCCCGCCUCCGCCGCCCCCACCACCACCUUCCAAUGUAUUAAGCUCCAGUCAUCACACGGCACCGGCCCAAGGACUACAUCACCCAUCUCACCAAGGCCCCUCCCUUUUUCCUUCAAGCGCUCAUUCAACAGUGUCAACUUACCCAUCACAGCCGCCGCAUCAUCCCCCUUUGGGAACCGGACCUCAGCAUCAGCCAACUGGAACAGGGCCGCACUGUCCGCUCCCCGGCCAGGGUUCACACCUCCAGCCCCAAGGACCAACCAGUAUUGCCACCCCUACGGCGUCCGGGUUCUGCCCUCAUCCUGGCUCUGUGUCCCUUCCGCAUGGCGUACAAGGACCUCAGCAGGCAUCUCCGUUGCCCGGGCAAAUACCUAUUCACAGAGCACAGGUGCCGCCGACGUUUCAAAACAAUUAUCAUGGUUCCGGGUGGCAUUAAAAAUGGAGUCCCCCUCAACUCCCCCCCCCUUCCCUUCCUCCUCGCUUCUAAACAUUUUAAAAAUGUUCUGUAAAAAUCUGUAUAUUUCAUAUGUACCUGU